UUUUUUAUAUCACACUAUCAAAUAAUCAAUAUGCCGUAUGCAAAAACGUUGGCGUAUAUCAGGUGGUGUUAAUUUGCAAAAGCAGAGUCGCAGAAUCGCCUCACCUAAACCCUAGCCGCCUCCGCCUACGCCAAAAUCGGCAGCAGGUUCACUGGCAUGGAACAAGGAGCAGAGAGCUCUUCAAGUCAGAUGGAGAUCUCAGAUGGGUCUAAAUCUACCAAAUUAGAUCCUGUAACUAGGGUAAAGAAGCUGCUGUUUCGCCGAAUGCUGGUGGGAAUUAAAGAUGGAAGGUUUUUCUUGGGUAACUUUUACUGUAUUGACAAGCAAGGAAACAUCAUUCUCCAAGAUGCAGUAGAGUAUCGUAGUACUCAACGAUCCUCGCCUUCUCCAGUGGAACAGCGAUGUCUUGGUCUCAUUCUCAUUCCUUCCUCGUGCCGAACAUCUUGUCACGUGGAUUGCUCCAUUGAAGAGAAAUUGUCACUGCUAAUGAUUCAGGAUAACAGUUCAACCUCGGACUUUCCUGCUAGUGUUGUUGCAUAGAAAUGAUUUAGUUGUUUUGGUUUCAGGGAUGUGAAAAAUCAUCGUUGCUUUUGGUGUUGUGUGGUGUGCCAUAGAGAUGUAUAUUGAAAGAUGUAAUGAUGAGAGAGUUUAAUUUGAUGCAACCAAUAGUUUCUCCCGUCUGAUGAUGCUAAUUCUUGGGUAAAAACACUUAUGGGACUUAAAUUCACGACCUCUUGUUU